AUUCCCUCGCAAGCUACUUAUUAUCUCGCGUUAAUUCUUUAUUUAAAAAAUUCAUAAAGGUGAGAGCGCGACUAUUUUUUUUUCUUCAAAAAUUUUUUUUAAUUAUAUCCACAUUUAUCGCUGUCUAGAGGAUUCCGUCUUGCGUUUAUUGCAUGUCCUCUUAUUCUAUUUUUCAUCGAUUUCCAAUACGCUGGUUAUCACGGAGCAGAGAUAAAAAUCCGUCGUUGGAAAUUAUGUUACGAGAGAGAAUCGUGGUACUCGAGGAAGAACUCGUAAGUUCAUUAGUCGCCGUUUAACGAUCACCAUAAUACCAGAGAUCUGAAAAGAAGCCGGUAGGAAGAAUGGAUCCGAGCUUAUUUCAAAUGUGCUAUGAAAACGAGGAGAGGCAUCGUUUCAUCGACCUCGAACAACGAGGAUCGCCGCAUUGUCGUGGCAAAUGGCAAAGAAUAAUCCACCAUUACGAAAGAAAAGGUGGCGCAUCUCUAUACGCUUAGAUGUUUGGGGUUAAAUCACGAAAGCGAUAUCGAUCCAACGAGGCGGCAGAUAUCUUAAUUAUGCGAUUGCGUGUCACGGAACACCCAUGUGGAAAAUUCGUCGCGUCGAAAAGCAGCAAUUUCCUUCGCGCGAGAGAAUGGGAAGAAUUAAUUUUAAAUUGCAUCGCGCCCGAUUACACGGUUGAAUUAAUCAAAUCCGGAUGCGCAUCGAUCGGCGCGAGCAAAAAAAGGCAGCUCGCAGUGAAAAAUAUACGAAAAUAGCCAGACGCGUCUACACGCGUGUUUGCCGUAUAACUGAUGCUGGUAGCGUACUUGAAAAUACCACGUGGCUCUCGGUCGCGCACCGAUCGUACACGGUUCACAAUAUCCUUUCGGCAAGUAAUCGGAAGCGAUUAAUCUUUCCCGUCUUCGUACAAGCUGCUCCACUUUUUGUCGUCAGCUCAGCUUUCCUCCUGGGCUAAAUUCGAGACUCUCAUAAUUCGAUAUGUCUGGAAGCUCAGCGAUUUUCCGAGUGUGAGCGCGCCGUGUCGUAAAUCGCGACACGAUUCUCCGGGUUCAACGAACGAGAAAUUAUGUUAAAGAAAAAAAUACCGCUGUUUUUUCAUGGCUGUUUACCUUCCAUUGCGAGGAAAAGAGGAUAAUGCUGUAUUACGUGGCUUGCACAGACUAACGUUAAAUAUAUAUAUAACGCGAAAGUAUAAUGGGAACGAACAUGGAUAACAUAUCGCGUGUAUUGCAGUGUAGUGCCGCCGUCGGGAUGAAGGCGUUCUUCGACAUGAUGCACAAUGGGCCGCACAAGGUGAUACUCUUUGGUGGUGCUUGCACACAAGUCACGGAUCCGAUAGCGAAAGCCUCGAAACACUGGCGCCUUACGCAGCUCAGCUACGCGGACACCCAUCCUAUGUUUACAACCAAUAGCUUCCCGAAUUUCUUUAGGGUCGUGCCGUCGGAAAAUGCCCUCAACGCACCGCGAGUGGCGUUGCUCCUGCACUUCAACUGGACCCGGGUCGGCACGAUUUAUCAGAACGAGCCCAGAUAUGCACUGGUGCAUAAUCGGUUGGUGGCCGAUCUAGACGAGAGCAAAAUAGAGCUCGUGGAGACGCAGAGCUUUGCCACAGAGGUGAGAACGGCGCUCGAGAAGCUCAAGGAAAGGGACGUGAGGAUUCUCCUGGGAAAUUUCAACGAGGUGUGGGCCAGGAAGAUAUUCUGCGAGGCUUACAGGUUCGGCUUAUACGGCAGAAAGUAUCAGUGGGUCAUCAUCGGGACUUACACCAGGGAGUGGUGGUUGAGCACGAACAGCGAGUGUGACCCUGCCGAGCUGUCCAAGGCUCUUCAAGGUGUCAUCCUGACGGAUCUGCUUCCGCUAACGACCGAGGAGCAGCACACCACAUCCGGAAUCACCCCGGACCAGUACGAGGAGGAGUACAAUUCGAGACGGGGCGGCGAAUACUCCAGGUUCCACGGAUACACGUACGACGGCAUCUGGACGGUCGCGCUGGCUGUAAAACACGUCGCGCGCAGGAUACGACACAUCCAUCGUAACCAAACUAUAUCCGACUUUCGGUACAGGGAUGCAUUGUGGGAGAGGCUCUUCCUCGAGGCCCUCAGGAAUACAAGCUUCGACGGUGUCACGGGACCGGUCCGCUUCUAUGACAAUGAGAGGAAAGCGUACAUUCUUCUAAAACAAUUCCUGGACGGUCGCGAGGUAAACAUAGGCGAAUAUGAUAGCAUAACUGGCAUUCUGGAUCUGACCAGAAGAGAGGCCUCGUUGUGGAACGGCAAACCGCCGCCGAAAGACAGGACGGUUCGCAUCAUCGAGCACUCCACCGUGGAUAUCACGCUGUACGCGGUGCUAGCCUCGGCUGCUAGUGUCGGUAUCGUCUUGGCAUCCAUUUUUCUCGCCAUCAAUAUCAGAUACAGAAAUCAAAGAUACAUCAAAAUGUCAUCGCCCCACCUGAACAACCUCAUCAUCAUUGGUUGCAUGCUGACCUACAGCAGCGUUAUCUUCCUCGGACUCGACUCACAAUUAUCGAGCGUGGCGGCGUUUCCGUAUAUCUGUACGGCCCGAGCGUGGCUGUUGAUGGCUGGUUUCUCGUUGGCCUUCGGCUCCAUGUUCUCGAAGACGUGGCGUGUACAUUCCAUAUUCACCGAC